AGCGAACCAAUCAGAGGCUGUUUCACGCCGUUACGGAACCACGUUAUAUGUAAUCCUGAAUGAGGGGCGCUUGCACCGUGACCUAGAAGCUACAGGUCCUGAUGAGGGAGAGUUCAUGGCGCUAAAAGCCGCCCAGAGGCUACACAGUCUGGGCCGGGCUGGACGCUACAUCCCGCGGCUCUUCGGCAACAUAAGUCAGGGAGAUGUAUGUUGUGCUUCUGAGCUGCGGAUCGCAGCCGACCGCCCCAUCCACCACAACUGCGUCCUCGGUAGGAUGGGCUUUUCAACGAUCACAAGGGACCCGUCCUUCCUGGCCAGUGGUUCCGUGGGUCUCCACAAAGGGUCGGUUUUCCGCUUCCGGCUGACCCAGCUGCACCCGCCGCCGGAAGCUGAGGAGCGGCGGUUCGGCAAGCGGCUGGCCGGCUGCUCGUCCUCGCGGCAGGUGCUGCGUCUCCUACGCCACGCGGAGACCCUGUCCGACGUGAUGGCGGCGGGCGCGCUGCAUCGCGUGGCCGACCUGGAGCAGGAGGGCUGCUCGCUGCGGGACCCCGGGGUGCUGGAGAAGGACGAGGUGCGCUCCCUGUGCUUCCAGCUGGAGCAGGACUCGGGCCGGCUGACGGACGGGGGGCUGGUGUCGGCGCUGAUGGCCUGCACCCGGCUUUUCCUGGACCCCUGGAGCACGCUGGUGGUGCGGCUGGUGGCGGAGAGCCAGGAGCGGCUGGACCAUGGCCGGAUGAGCGUGGGGGAGCUGUGCACGCUGGGCCGGGCCCUGCUGGCCCUGGAGGGCCCCGGUUGUGGCAUGCUGGGCCAGGUGAUGCAGCAGGUCCAGCGGCGGGGGCCUGCGGCGUGGAGCCUGGCGGAGCUGCUGGGCGUGUACUGGCUGCUGCAGGACGGGGCCGCCGAGGGGGGGCAUCAGCAGGCCCUGCUGCACGGCAUGCACGCCCACGCCCUCACCCUGGCCCCCCGCAUGGACGCGGCGGCCGUCAGCGGGCUGCUGGGGGCGCUGGUGGCGCUCGAGCAGAGCAACGCCACGCCGCUGGUCAUGGCGCUCUGCAGGCAGGCGGUCCGCCACGUGGGCGGCUUCACGGACGACCAGCUGAGCCUGGUGCUGGGCGUGCUCAUGCACUUCGGCCACAGCGACGUCCACUUUGUGGGCGCCAUGGAGCGGCACGUGCCCCGCGUGGCGUUCACGGCGCGGCCGGAGACGGUCACGCGGGUGGCGCAGUACUUCGGCCAGAGGAACAUCCUGUCGCGGCCCGUGUUCGACGCGCUGGCCGAGAGCUUCGUGUACCGGGCGGACGACUACGACACGGGCCAGGUGGCCCGGCAGAUCCUGCCGCUGGGGAAGCUGGGAUACCUGCCGCCCAACGCGGGCGAGGUGUUCGGGAAGGUGGAGGGCAUCCUCCACACGCGCUUCUCCCAGUUCCAGCCGCGCACGCUGCUCAGCCUGCUGCACGCCUGCACCCUGGUGGAGCGCUUCCCGGUCAACUUCGUCUCCAAGGUGUUCAAGAGCUACUUCCUGCAGGAGCUGCAAGAGCCGGGAACCGCAAUGGACCGGCUGGUUCUGGCCCAGCUGACCCAGCUCUACAUGACUGUGAAGCUCGAGUGUCCCUUCUACGGGGGUCCCAUUCUGCUCCCCAAGUACCGGGUGAAGUCCUUCCUGAUGCCGGGCGGCUCGCUGGAGACUUUGGUGGACGUCCAGCUGUACAACCACGUCAGAUCCGGGCUGGUCACCCUGCUGGGGGCCCGCACCUACUUCGCCUCCAAAGUCCUCACGCCCUACUGCUACACCCUAGAUGUGGAGAUUAAACUGGAUGAGGAAGGUUAUGUUCUCCCCGCCAGUCAUAACGACUACGUCCACAAGAGGGUGGCGCUGUGCAUCGACGGACACAAGAGGUUCACUCUGAGCAGCCGCCAGCUGCUGGGGAGGGAAGCCACCAAGCAGAGACACCUGAGGCUGCUGGGAUACCAAGUGGUUCAGAUUCCAUUCCACGAGUUUGAGGAACUGAAGAGCCAGAGUGAGGUGGUGGAGUACCUCCACAACAAGAUCUUCCCCAAAAGCUACCGGCUCAGCUGGUGAUGCCCACAUCACCCCUCCCUCCUAAGUUAUUUAAUCAACCACUUUUCACUGUACAAUAAAGUUUAUUUUGUAUAAA